CUGGUUUCUAUCUGACCCUUUCAUUGAAACUUACUGCAACAAUGUUCUUUAUACGGGCAAAACCUCUUAUAGUGCCAGCCUCCACAUGCUCAGCAUGGAGAUGAUGGAUUUUCUCUCGACUGCAUUGAUAUUAUGGAAACAGUUACCGUUUUCUACCAUUGAG